AUUCGUCGCCAAAUCUUUUCGACUGUCACGUUUUUGGCCAUUUCGCAAAUUUUCGCAAAUUUCCAUACCAGAAAAUGUUGCUGUUUGUUGUCACUUUCCUGGCCGGCCUCUCGCUUUGCUAUGGUCAGUGCACUGUUCCCUAUAGCACCGUCAAAAGUGCACUGCCGUCGAUAGAUGUCAACAAAGUUAACGGGAUCUGGUAUGAAUACUGCGUUAAUUUUGACCAAGUUGGCUGGAAUAUUCUGAAGAACGGCACUCUCCGCGGUGCAUGGCCGGGAGAGCCAUCACCCCAAGUCAAAUAUGGUGCCACCUUUUGGAUCAACUAUUACAUCCCAGUGGAUAGCGCCAAAAACACUCCUAAUGACCCCAUGAAGUGUACCGCGAUCUGGCAUCACGGAAACAUGACGUCAAUGGGAAAACGUUAUGCGAUGUCAGUGUACGGCGACAUUACCAAUCAGCAGAUGGUUAACAUUACUACAACCAUUGUGUACACCGAUUACACCACCAUUGAGAUCGUUCAGGGAUGCGACGACUAUCCACCGCCCACCAACAACAUCUGCACACAACCCAUGUUCUGGGUGUUCACCCGCGUCAAGCCACCGACUCUCACUGCCAAACAGCGGGAAUUUGUUAACAAUGCAAUUGACUACUACCUGAAGCCGUUGUGCAGUGGCUUCAGCAAGAUGAAGCUGUCAACCUGGGAUCUGGGUAUGGAGCCCAAACUGCCGCCCUGCAACAUCGCUCAGGGCACACCAGUAGCCUUCCCUUGGCCAGCCAAUAGCGCCGCUUUCCAGGCCAGCAUGCCGGCUGCCAUCCAGCAACAACCUGUCUAAUCUAGCAACGGCUGCAUUUUCGUUGCUUCCAUGGUGUCUUCAGCACAAAUGUUGGCUUUUCGAUGUAAACGGUGUUAAGUGCCGUUUGUUUCUGUUAAAACUGAAACAAGCUAUAAAAGCUUUAGUAAUGUGCGAAUAAAAUUGUUGGAAAAAUGAAGCGAAAAAUAAAAGAAUUUACUCUUA